AUGACAGUCGAGUACAUUUACAUUGCCCGACAUGGCUAUCGCAUGAACUGGGUCACGGAUGACUGGAAGAGUGCGACAGGUCUUCCUCGCGACCCAGCUUUGUCGCCGACUGGGGUGACUCAGGCUGAAGAAGUGGCCGAAUUCUUCAAAUCGCUCGCACCUGAAGAGCGCCCAACUGCGAUAUUCUCCUCGCCAUACUAUCGCUGCCUGCAAACGGCGAAGCCGACCGCUGAAGCGCUCCAGGUCCCUCUCUUCGUCGAGCACGGCCUCUCCGAGUGGUACUCCCAGGUCGAGCCCAACACCGGGCUGCACCCGCGCCCGGGGCCCGCGUCUGAGCUCCGCGCACACUUCCCCCAGGUCGACGCCGAGCGGUGGCCGUCGCUCUACUACCCCUCGCGCAAGGGCGAGUCCGUGCCGGCGGUGCACGACCGCUCCGGUGCGCUCAUCCGCGCGCUCGUGCCCGCCGUCGAGGCGCGCUUCGACGGCGCGCACCGGCGCAUCCUGCUCGUGAGCCACGCGGCGACGGUCGCCGCGCUCGCGCGGGAGCUCGUCGGCGACCGCGAGGCGCCGCUGAGCGUCGCGACGUGCUCGAUCACGGGCGUCCGGCGCAAGGACCUGGGCGCGGAGGAGGUGCUCGGGGGGUUCACGCUCGAGAGGAACGCUGAGGUCGGGCACCUCUCGGAGGGCGCUCAGCGGCCUUGGGGCUUUCAUGAUGCCGAGUACAUCGUCGACAGCCGGUGCAAGGGCAAAGGUGGUGGGGAUUGGAACGUCGUCGCCCACCGUGGUGAACCCGGCACCGAGAACGAGCUUGACCACCCGGUUGGCCUACAGGUUCAUCUUCUGCCCGUUGAGGUUCGAGAGCGCCUGAAACUUUGA